AUGUUGCUGUGGGGAGUCCUAAUUUGCACGAUUCUUAUGCAUUGCGAUGCCAGAAGCGUGAUGGAUUGGCCUGAUAAUACCGACAGCAAUUAUAAACCAACCAUUAACUCUACGACUGACUACCUGAAGGAAUACGCGGAUAUUAUGAAAUCGUAUAUGAACCUAAAGGUCGCGCCCUGUGACGACUUCUACGAGUACGCCUGCGGUAAUUAUCCAAAGGUAAAGCCGGAUCGGUACUCCUGGCACCGGCGGAACAGCUUUGCCGACGUGAUCUAUACACUGAGCGACAUUGCGGAGCAGCUGGUAACUAGGAUGGAUCUCGCGGAGGCUCUUAAUGUGUCCAGCGAACUGAUGGUGGCCCAAAGAUUCUACAAUGCCUGCUUGGGAGCAGAGCUCCUUCCAUUCAAUGCAGCCGAUCCCGCUUACUUGGAUCUCAUUCGGUCGUUCGGAGGCUUUCCCGCCAUCGAUGGAGCCGCCUGGAAUGCCUCCAAAUUCAGUUGGUUCAACAUGAGCGCCCACCUGACCAACUAUGGAGCCAAAGGACUAAUCCGCGAGGCGCUUCUGGCCGUGUAUCCCUUUGUGCCCUACACCAAACUGCCCGAACUGGGAUUCGAUCACAUCGUUCUCGAGGAUAAUAUAUCCAGUAAUUCCACCCGUUCCUACCAGUUAAAUGAGAAGCGAAUGCGUGGUUACCUAAAUGACUUUAAAUUACCAGAAGACAAAAUCGAUGAAGUAGUCGCCGGGGUUUUCGCAUUUUGGAGAGCAGUCCUUAAAGUUCCCGGCCAGUGCGAAGUUUUCAGCCCCUUUGAGAUUGAGAGAGAGUUCCCCCAGUGGACGCACUAUUAUGAUAUUUCCUGGAACGGGCUCCAUGUUUCAGAUAAAAGCAUUUGCGAUUUUUACUACGUGGAACUGGACAAGGUGUGCGAAAGACAUCCUGAGGCAGUGGCUAACUAUCUGGCCAUGCAGCUGCUCUAUAGGUUCGAUCCCAAAAUAAAGGCGCCAAAGUACCAAAGGGAUUAUUGUGCUGUAAUGAUGCAGACCUCCAUGUCGUUCCUGUUCAACAAACUCUAUAUGGCGAACAACUUUAGUGUGGAAAAAAGUUCGGAAGUAUCAGAAAUUGUGCAGGAACUACGAAAGAGUCUCCGGAGGUCGCUUGAGGAAGCCGAGUGGCUUGAUUCAGAAACUCGACAGGAGGCUCUGCUCAAGGAGUCCGGAAUUCAGUCUCGCAUCGGUGCCUUCAAGGAUAACGCUCUAACAGAUCGUCUGAUCCGUGAAAUUGGCAGCCUGAAAGUCGUCGAGGAUAGCUACGCCUCUACCAUCAUCAAUCUGCAGCGCCUUACCGUCGAACUCAAUCGCUUUAGCAGUCGGCACUAUAUGGAACUGGCGAACGAUACCAAGCCCCAGAUGAUGCUGCUGGGCAUGCAAGUAUCGGCGGCCUACUACAUGCUGGACAACUCCAUCAACGUAAUGGCCGGACUCCUGGAGCCACCCAUCUACCACCGUUCCUGGCCGCUUCCCCUGAAAUUCGGCACCUUGGGUUUCAUUGUGGGCCACGAACUGACCCAUGGUUUCGACACAACCAGUUCUUAUUUUGACGGCACUGGCAACAUGCGCUCCUGGUGGUCGGAGAAAUCUCGUCAGGAUUUCGAGCAACGCGCUGAGUGCUAUAUGGACCAAUAUGACAGGUACACAAUACCGGAAAUAAACCGCCAUAUCAACGGAAAGACGACAAUGGACGAGAACAUUGCUGAUAAUGGUGGCUUAAGACAGGCUUUGGCGGCCUACCGCAGCCUCAAGAGGCGACUGCUGGAGGAUCCUGGACAGGAGAGGAUCAACGAGCAGAUGCCAGGUCUCGACCUCACGCCGGAACAGCUAUUCUUCCUGGGCUUCGCGCAGGUUUUCUGCGCAGAGUACCAGGAGGAGCACUACUGGAAGGACCUCACCGAUGAACACACCAUCGACAAGUACCGGAUCCUGGGUGCCGUGUCCAACAGCGAGGACUUCUUCCAGGCCUACAACUGCUCCGUGGGAAGUGGGAUGCGUCCUGCUGCAGAUACAUGCCGCCUUUGGUAAUAUUAUUAAUGAUGCAGUACUUGGGAAACAAUUUAUCUCUAAAACCUGAAUAUGUUUUAGUUAAUAAAUUAGUUUU